AGGUGCAGCGGCUCUCUGCAGGGGGGGGGGGCGAGUGCUGAGAAGGAGGCGCGCAGCAGUGACCGAAGGAAGGAAGUGUGAUAACCGGCUUGGCAAAUGACUGCGUGAAUUGUUUUUGUUUGUUCCGUACGCGCAGAGGCCGUUUCUGUGUUUCCCCCCCCACCACCACCCGCGGCGACAUGAACGGCGAGAGCAGCCAAACGCGUCAUGUGUCAACCUUCAGGAUGCACAUCAAGCCGCACAGAGCACCGGGAGCACCGGGUGGGAACCGGCCGGGAACGGUUGACACCAGCGACGGACGUGCUGCCGCACAUGGCUCUGCCGACCUCUCCGCUCCCAGACGUCUGGAGGCCCCCGUCUUCAUAGAGCCGCUGCAGGACUGCUGCGUGGACGAAGGAAAUGACGUCACGCUGCGGGGGGUUCUCGCCGGGAGUCAGCCCAUCAAAGUGUCGUGGUUACACAAUGGUGAAGUGGCCCGUUUUGGGAUUCCAUCUUUCAACGGCAGGGAGACGAGUUUCGCCGUGAGGGAAUGCUUGCCGGAGGACGCCGGCGCCUACACCUGCCUGGCGGAGAACGGCGCGGGGAAGACGUCCUGCUGCGCCGCCGUGUUCGUCAGAGACUUUGAAACUAUCUGCAGUGUGCAGAAUCCGGUCUCAUCUGGCCAGACUUCUGCUUUCAAGAGCUUUGUGGGGAAUGGGAGGUCCCCGCCGUCUCCCAAAGACAGGCUGCAGAAGUUCAAAGGAUCCGUUUGCACUUCCCCACCGGGCUCUGAUAAGCUCAGCCCAGUCUCAUCUCCAAGAGAAGUCAUCCCAAAGAAGAGAGCCAACUCUGAGUCAGGGCUUGCGUUGCACUUCAAAAACCCUCCGCAGCACUUUGAAGUGACGGUUGGACAAAGCGCACGAGUGACGUGUUUUUUCGCCGGCCGCCCCCCCGUGGCGUCGUGUUGGAUCAGACACAAAGAACAGAUCGUGGAUGGCCCGGAGGUUUGGACAGAAAGCACCGACGGGAGCACCACGCUGGUCAUAGCCGAGGCUAAACCGGAGCACACGGGCCGCUACGCCGUCGUGGCGAAGGACCGCAGGAGCUCGGUAGAACACACGCUCACCCUCGCUGUCAUCGAGAGGCCUCAGCCUCCGGCCUCCUGCCCAGUGGUCUGCGUGGAAUCUGCCCACGGCCUCGUGCUGUCCUGGUCCGGCCCCUGCUACGACGGCGGCAGCGCCGUCCUGGGCUACGUGGUCGAGGCGAAGAGCGAGUCCGGAGGUUGGAGCGAGCUUACCGGCCAGUGCGAGAGCACCUCGUACAGAGUGUCCUCCGGGCUGCAGCCUCGUCGGAGCUACAGUUUCAGAGUGAGGGCCUACAACGCAGUGGGAGCCAGCGAGCCGGGACCAGAGUCGCCAGAGGUCACGAUGGAGGGGAAAGGUGUAGAAAAACCCAAAGAUGAAGAAGGCCCCCAGCAAGCGUAUUCCUCUGUAGCUAUUAACUCCACGCAAAAGGUCACAGAUCACUACAGUUUGCAGGAGAGACUGGGAAUGGGAAAGUUCGGCCUGGUGUAUAAGCUCACCCACAAAGAGACGGGGCGCGUCAACGCAGGGAAGUUCUACAAAGGACGACGGGCCAAGGAGAGGGAGGCGGCCCGCAAAGAGAUCGAGCUGAUGAACCACCUCCACCACCCCAAACUAGUCCAGUGCCUGGCAGCGUACGACCACAGCCCGGAGAUGGUCAUGGUCAUGGAGUUUAUCGCGGGCGGUGAGCUGUUUGAGCGCAUCGUCGACGACAACUUCGAGCACACGGAGUCCGCCAGCGUGAGCUACAUGCAUCAGAUCCUGGAGGGGAUCUCCUUCAUGCAUAAGCAGAGCAUCGUCCACCUGGACCUCAAACCUGAAAACAUCGUGUGCGUCGACACCACCGGCACUUCCAUAAAGAUCAUCGACUUCGGAUUGGCCUCCAGGCUCGACAGCAACACGCCCCUCAAGGUGAUGCAUGGGACUCCCGAGUUUGUGGCCCCGGAAGUGAUCAACUACGAGCCCGUGUUCUUCACCACUGACAUGUGGAGCAUCGGAGUCAUCUGCUACAUAUUGCUGAGCGGCGAGUCUCCGUUCCAGGGCAACAACGACGCGGAGACCCUCGCCCUGGUCACGGCUGCCGAGUGGGAGUUUGACGAGAGCUUUGAGGAGAUUACAGACCAGGCCAAACAUUUCAUCAGCUCCCUGCUCCACAAAGACACCAGGCGGAGGAUGUCCUCUGAGGAGGCACUCGCCCACCCUUGGAUGGCGUUUGAGCCUGGAGAUGAGGCCACCAGCAGGAGUCUCUCCAAGGACAGACUGAAGAGGUUUUUAGCCAGACAGAAGUGGAAGAAAGCAGGUAAGGCCUUGUUGGCCCUGAAGAGAAUGGCUCUGCUGUCCAGAGCUGAAAGUUCUGCCUCUGGGUCUCCUACAAGCCCAAGAGCAGACUCCCCCCUCAGCCCGGAGGCAAAGCAUGCCCUGCAGUCUCUGGAGCUCAAGAUGCAAGGCCCACCCCACUUCACCCAGAGCCUGGCGGACCAGACGGUGGGCCGCGGCUCCAGGGCCCGUCUCUCCUGUCACCUCACAGGAUAUCCUGACCCAGAGGUGGUUUGGCUGUGUGGUGACGAGCCCGUGGAGGAGUCCCCCACUGCGCAGAUAGAGUACGAGGAAGAUGGCUGCUGCACUCUGGUCUUGGCCCGAGUUGGCCCAGAGGACGGCAACGUGUACACAUGUAGAGCCACCAAUGACCACGGGGAGGCGUCCUGCUCAGCCAAACUCGUGGUUCAGAGGUAGACCCAUCAGAACUUCUCCCUGCAGAAAGGAAAAGUAUAAACCAAUUGUUUUAGGGUGUCUUAAGGUUUGAUUGUACAUUGACAUUUUAACACAAAUGGGGACUAAACUGAAUGUAUUUUACAUGUGUUGAUAUUUUACAAUAUUAUUACAGAGCUACUCCAAGCAUUUUUUUAAGGUUGUCAUUCCCUGAUGGGACUACGGUAUGGUUGUCCUACACGAUUCAAAGUCCACCAUUUCUUUUACUUUGGCCUACGAGUGAACGAUAUAAAGGCUCAGCUACAAACCUUUCAACUGGAAACAUGAAGGGGCCGAGCCAGCAGGCCUGAGAUCACAUUGUUUGAGCCAUAUAGUAAAGAUCUGAAAUGGCAUUUCUUGUUGGUUAAAAAUACAGUAGAUAUCCUUUUUUUUUUUUUAAUUUAAAUUCUUUUUUUGUUUCCGAGAGAAAAAUGUAAACAAUGACUGUUUGUACAUUUUUAGUAGAGCUUUUAAAAUCGUCCCGAGAACCGUUCCUGUUUGUUUUCAUGGUUGGGGCAACGAUAAUGAGCUAGAGGUCUGCAUUGCUGUUGUAGCUACAGAUGAUGUUGUCUACACAGAGACAGAGGACAAUGUGUGUCUGGGUGACAUUUGUACUUUCAAGCCACCUGAACUAUUGAUGGGGGAAAUCUGUAAAACAGCAGCUUGCUUUAAGCCUCUUUGUCAUCAAAAUAUAAAGGCAUCCCUAAAUAAACUUGAUUAAUUUUGUCCAUUGGAAGGCACAUUAUUUUGGCUUUGUUUCUAAAUAUUUUUCACGAUGCAUAACAUAUUUCAAGGUGAAUUACUGUUUGUUUUUUUUGGACCAUGGUUUUUGUUCAUUUUACCAUGUCAACACGCGAUUAAUGAAGUCAUCAAACGUUCUGUGAUCUUUGUAUAAAUGACAGUCACGUACUGUACGGGUGUGAAAUAUACAUUUAAAGUGAAAGCUGGGUUGGAAGUUGUGAAGGGGGGAAAAUCCUAACACGGUUGUGUAAAUACUUUUCAGAUUGCACCUUUUUAGCGGUGUAUAUAAAACGUGAGCUUUUUUUGCUGCAAAAGCACCGUGCGGAUCACGUAGAGCAGAAAACCACUAGUCGAGUUGUAGGUGGUGGGGCAUAGAAUAGGUUUCUUCUUUAGUCAAACGUCCCCCCUUUUUUUUUACCUCACAAGGUAGUGUGAAAAAACAGGCACCAGUUUCAGGAAACGGCUGGUUAUAAAACGGCUGCAUUAAUAGUUAAACUGUAAACUCCACAAGGGAUUUAAACAAAGCGUUUACUGUGAAGUCCAAGUUUACAAACUGCCUUCAGACAUGACGUUAUAAAACAUUACUGAUAGAGCACAAAGAUGGUGGGUUAUAAAACCUCAGAUUAUUGAACUUGGAUCCAGAUCCCUCUGGGACGGAGUGUCAUCACUUGCAGAAGAGUGUCCGGCUCUGUUCACGUCUCUGUGACAAUGUCAAGAAAUUUGGUGUACAAUUAUCGGUAUUUUGUAAGUUUUACUCUGAUUUGAAUGUCUUCCAGGCUCUCAUGAGUUCAUUUUAAAUGUUUUAACCUUGUCAACAGCAUAAAUGACCAAAUAAAAUGUUGAAUUAGUAAA